UACAGAGAGGGAGGAGAGAGAGAGAGAGAGUGAGAAGAAGAUGAAGAAAUUGAAACCCUAAUUUUCAGGGUUUAUUAACAGUCACGAGGCUCUCAGAGGUCCUAAAAGGCCCCCGAAAUUAUCAGGGCUUGUUUGGCUUCCUUUUUUUCCAGUGUUCACACCUUAUUGGAGGUUUUAUGCGGUGGCUAUAUGUUAGAAGUUCACCCUUUUGGAGGCAUUUGCAUGCAAUCUAUAGAAGUCACAAGGAGAAGCUUUUGAGUCUGCCAAAGCCAGUGCUGCUGCUUGGUUUGGUAGAUUCAUGGCUGAUCAUGCUUUAGUUGUUUCUGAUGCUUCCCUUGAUCAUUCUUUAGUUGUUUCUGAUGCUUCCGUUGAUCAUUCUUUAGUUAUUGGGCAAGAAUUCCCUGAUGUUGAGACUUGCAGAAGAACACUGAAAGAUAUUGCUAUAGCACUGCAUUUUGAUCUCCGAAUUGUGAAAUCGGAUCGUAGCCGGUUUAUAGCCAAGUGCUCCAAGGAAGGUUGUCCAUGGCGGGUCCAUGUAGCGAAAUGUCCUGGAGUUCCAACCUUUUCAAUUAGAACACUGCAUGGGGUGCAUACCUGUGAAGGAGUUCGCAACUGCCAUCAUCAGCAAGCAUCUAUAGGUUGGGUUGCAAGAUCUGUAGAACAACGAGUUCGGGAUAAUCCACAAUACAAACCAAAGGAAAUCCUGCAGGAUAUACGUGAUCAGCAUGGUGUUGCAGUGUCUUACAUGCAAGCUUGGCGUGGGAAGGAACGCAGCAUGGCUGCACUUCAUGGAACAUUUGAAGAAGGGUAUCGCCUUCUUCCUGCAUACUGUGAACAAAUAAGGAAAACAAAUCCUGGAAGCAUUGCAUCGGUUUUUGCCACAGGACAAGAAAAUUGCUUCCAGCGCCUCUUCAUUUCCUUCCGCGCAUCAAUCUAUGGAUUUAUAAAUGCUUGUAGGCCACUUUUGGAACUUGACAAGGCACAUCUUAAAGGAAAAUACUUGGGUACAUUACUUUGUGCUGCAGCUGUUGAUGCUGAUGAUGCAUUGUUUCCAUUGGCAAUUGCUAUUGUUGACAUGGAAAGUGAUGAGAAUUGGAUGUGGUUCAUGUCAGAAUUGCGGAAGCUUCUUGGAGUAAAUACCGACAACAUGCCUAGACUUACAAUACUAUCUGAAAGACACAGUGGCAUCGUGGAGGCAGUUGAAACACAUUUCCCAAGUGCUUCUCAUGGCUUCUGUCUACGUUAUAUUAGUGAAAAUUUCCGUGAUACAUUUAAAAACACAAAGUUGGUGAAUAUUUUUUGGAAUGCUGUUUAUGCACUCACAGCUGUUGAAUUUGAAAGCAAGAUAACCGAGAUGAUUGAGAUUUCACAAGAUGUCAUUCCAUGGUUUAAGCUCUUUCCACCUCAACUUUGGGCUGUUGCAUACUUUGAUGGGGUACGGUAUGGGCAUUUCUCAUUGGGGGUCACAGAGUUGUUGUAUAAAUGGGCUCUUGAAUGUCAUGAGCUCCCUAUUGUGCAAAUGAUGGAGCAUAUUCGUCUUCAGUUGACAUCUUGGUUUGAUGAGCGUCGCAAUAUGGGUAUGAGGUGGACGUCAAUUCUAGUACCAUCUGCUGAGAAGCGGAUUUUGGAGGCGAUUGCAGAUGCUCAUUGCUAUCAGGUACUUCGUGCAAAUGAAAUUGAAUUUGAGAUUGUGUCAACUGAGCGGACAAACAUUGUGGACAUACGCAGUCGUGUGUGUUCAUGUCGCCGCUGGCAGCUCUAUGGUUUACCUUGUGCACAUGCUGCUGCAGCACUCAUCUCUUGUGGGCAGAAUGCCCAUCUGUUUGCUGAGCAUUGUUUCACAGUAGCAAGCUACCGGGACACCUAUUCACAGAUGAUAAAUCCUGUCCCAGACAAGAGUCAUUGGAAGGAGCCAGGUGAGGGAGCAGAAGGUGGAGGGGCAAAAGUUGAUAUCACAAUCCGCCCACCCAAGACUCGUCGACCACCUGGGAGGCCCAAAAAGAAGGUCCUACGUGUGGAGAACUUUAAGCGGCCAAAAAGGGUAGUUCAAUGUGGUCGUUGUCAUAUGUUAGGGCAUUCUCAAAAGAAAUGCACAAUGCAAAUGUGAAAGUUGUCAAAAGUGUUUUUUCAUUUUAUCCUUCAGCAAUUGCAAUAGAUUCAAUGGUGUGUUUGUAAUCUUGGUGUAUCUUUUAAGCUUGUCUCAGAAUAAAGUAGUCAGGCGUUUUGGGCAUAGUUUCACACCAUGUUGUUUCUGCUUUCUUUCCUAUAACAUAUCCGACAUAUUUCAUUUUU